AUGGACAGGCCCUCGGACCACUUUCCGCGCAGGGAGUACGCGCGCCUCGACUUCUACGCCGACCCCGUCGCGCGCACCAGCGCGCGCGUCCUAUGGGCGGCACGCGACGCGAGCGCCGCGUGGGCGCGCGCCGCGGACGAGCAGGACUGGGCCGCUGUGAGCGAGGACAUGUUCCGUCUGGCCGUGUUUGGCAGGGCGUACGAGUUAAACCAGGAACAAUGGCCGCAUCGCAAGCGGACGCCGACGGCGCACGAGUGGCAGGACGCAUCCGACACGUACAUCUACACCGCGUACCUCCUCGCGGGGCGGCAGCUGCGCGACGCCGGCCAUCGCGACCGCAUCCCGGAGUGCGACCCCGUGCUCGACUUUUGCCGUGCGGCGAUGGACGCGUGCUACACGCCCAUCGUGGACGCCGAGCCCGUCGACCCGGUGCCACUGAACGACAAGCUGCUGGGCGAGUACGAUCCACUCGUGCGGCACAGGGCACGACAUGAUCUCCCGUGCGAGAGCGUUGCCGGCACCUUCGGGUUUGACCCCGACACUGGAGGCUGGGUUCUGCAGGACAAGGAGGACGAGGAGGGUGCUGGGUUGUUGUCGGCGACGACGCCUCCGCCGCAAUAG